AUGGCAGAUCUGCUUCAAUCAUUCAUAGAUUAUACCGAAAGUAAUCAAUCAUGGGAAGCAAUCCUGGCAAUUAAUGUCAAUGAAAGUGGUCUUCACGAUGAGUUUCUAUUCGAGAAAGCGAUAAGGUUACUGCCUUUGACGUGGCAAAACCAUGUGCUUACUACGCGUAGCUUAUACGAUAGACGUACUGCGUUAUGUAAUCGAUUAUUACAAAUUUUUGGCUGUUCUGUAGCUUCAAAGACAUCACCUAAGUCCUUAACCUACACCUGUGGCAGGUAUGGAAAACCAAUUUUAGCAUCCUCUGAUUCCGUCAAAUUCAGCAUGUCAAAUGGCUCAACUCAUACCGUCAUGUAUCUUGUGAAUAGUUUGAACAAUAAUAUGGAAGUAGGCGUUGACAUUGCCUCGAAGACUGACAUCAAAAGUGCGGACGAAAUCAACCUAUUUGAGGACAUAUUUUCCUCUGCUGAGCAGGCAUGUAUAUCACGGUGUGACGACAGGUCUAAGAUAGCGAUGUUUAUAUACUAUUGGUCAUUGAAGGAAAGCUAUACGAAGUUCACAGGGACCGGGCUGAAUUGUGAGCUCAAAGCUAUAGACCUUGGUGCCAUUAAUUUGUGUCAGGAUUUCUCUUCAAUCAAAAGACAGAUUCAUGGUAACUCAGUCAUAUUCCAGUCUCAAUGGAUAAAUGAUGAUUUGAAUGAAAUUGUUACCACAUGCCAAAAUUCUCUUAAAGACGACUGUUUUGAGAGGACUUGCAUCUUCAUAUUAACUUUCAAGGAUAUGAUAAAUUAUUUGGAAAAUUUGGACUAA